GCCUUUUUCGAGGGAUCCUCGAGUCUCUCCGUCCUCGCGAUUUCUAUUUUUAUCCGCGAAAGAGGAUAUUGAGGGUUAAACGAGGAACGGUCGCAGUUAGCGAUUAUCCCGGAAGGAAGAUGCGGCCGCGACGUCCGCGCGUCGAUCUUUAUAAGAAGAGCGAUCGCUUCGAGAAACAUCGAGAAGUGGUUUCGCGCGCGAGGUUAAUAGAUACUCGAUAUGGAUCUGAUCGAGCAGAUGAGGAGGAUCGAGGAGUCCGUGAAGGCCGCGCGGGAGGCGCUCGUGAGGCACUGUCGUUCGCCUAGGAGCGAACGAGACGACGAAUCGUUCGACGCUAGUAUGCUGAACAGACUGUUGGAGAUGAACGUUGUCGUGGAUAACGCCGAGAGACUGCUGUCGGAUUACAAUCGUUCGCUGGAGGAGAAGCGAGCGAGGGGACCGCUCGACGCGGAAGCGUUGAGGGAGAUCGCGGAGAUCGACGACUCCUUCAGAUCCGCGAAGGCGACGUUCUCCAACUUCAUGAGGAAGACGAGGAUCGCGGUGACUCGAGCGGAACGCGCGAACGGAGUAGCCCGCGAAUCGCCGAGGAGCGGCGAGGAGGAGUGACGUCAGAGGCGGAUCCUCGCGCUCGUCGAACGAGCACGUUCCGCGAUACGAGCGAGAUGUGUAUCGAAU